GAAGAUAAGUAGAGCACACUUUGUUGGAUUUUGGAACUAAGACGAAUGUUUUUGACCACCAUGCCUAAAUUUCUAAGGAUAAGUUUGCUUUUGCAAAUUUUUUUCUCCAUUUUGUUAUUUUGUUACUUUGUAUAUGGAUUUGAAUCAGUUUGUACGCAAAAUAGAGAUUCGACUUUACAAGAUAACAAUAUAAAUCAACUUCGAAUUGGACUACAAGUGACUAAUAAUCCCAUUCACCAAGUGAUGACAAGGAUAUUAUAUUUUUUUUUGAUUAAUAAUCUUAACUAUAAAAAUGUUUAUAUAAUUCCAAUAAAAAGUACGUUUAAUGAAUGGAAAAUAUUAGAAAGCAUAAGUCAACAUGCUACAAAACCAACAGUCAGUAUAAUUAAUAUGUAUGUAAAGAUGAAUUAUUCUGACAAAUUACCCGAGAAUGUAUCCUAUGCUGGACACUCAAUUAGGCCUGGGCACUAUGGCUGGAUCGUUCCAUUUCCGGAUAUACGGCUCUUCCAUCAAACACAACAAAGCUUACGUUUUAAUAUUUUUAACAAUAUAAGUAAUACCUAUUAUGAUCAAUACGUAAUUGAUGAACAACAUAUUAGAGAACUGACCAAUAUUACAAGUGUUGUGCAAUUUAAAAAUCCGAAAUGCGUCGAAAGCAAGUGUGUCACAAUUUUAGCAGAAUUUGAAAAUGACACAAGCUUUAUAAAAAAUGAAUUAAUAGAAAUGGGACUUUAUGUAAAUGUUAUAUGGUUAGGAAAUAACUUUAAAAAAAAAGUAAGAAGUUUGAUCAAAGAGUACGCAAAAAAAUACCCACUUGGCCACAAAAGAAUUAUUAUUUUACACUGGCUCCCAUCCGAAAUGUUCCAUGACGCAACAAAUUUCGCAGAAAUAAUAAUACCCAAAUGCAAAUUUAUACAGUCAUUAAAUAAAUCAGGUUGUAAAUAUGAGUAUACUUCUUUUUUAAAAUAUUAUUCAAAGAAUUUGGAAUCAGACCUUCAAAUAAAACACGCACUAAAUCAUUUUUAUUUGCGCGAUGAAGACAUCGAAAACAUCUGGAAAGACCUUGAAAGCCAUAAACAGAACUUAACUUAUGAUUUGUUCAACAUUGUGGCUUGCCAUUGGCUUUUAAAUAAUACUUAUUAUUUAAAAAAAUGGGAAAAGAGUGAACCGCCUAUUAAAAAUAUUUUUAUUGGUGGUAUAUUUCCAUUAAAUGUAUCAAAAAGUGGAUACGAAAACCUUUUUAACGUUUCAAGACUUGCAGCAAUGGCUAUUAAUAACAAUCAAUCAAUACUACCAGGAUACAAUUUGAAAAUCUUAGCUAGCAAUGGUCAAUGCCAAGCGAAUAUGGUUCUUAAGUCAUUCAUUCACUAUUAUACAAGACCAAAUUUGUUGGGUAUUUUAGGGCCAGCGUGUAGUGAAACAGUAGAACCCAUAGUUGGCAUUGGAAAGCAUAUGAACAUGAUUGUUAUGUCCUAUUCCGCUGAAAGUGUGGAUUUGGUUAAUAGUAAAACUUAUCCAUACUUCUUUCGUACAAUAGGAUCCCAUUUGAUUUUCAUAGGUGCAUAUCUUGAUAUCAUGAAAGUCUUGGAUUGGAGUAAAGUAAGUUUUUUAUAUGAAACAGAAUCAGUUGAAUAUAUAUCGACAUUAGAAGAAAAUUUAAAGCAACGAAAUUUUACUUUGACUAUAAAUAUUAAAAUUGACACCAAUUGCAACCCCACCCAUAUUAAAGAGAACCUUCAAAGAUUAAAUCAAGCUCGAUCUAAGAUUAUAAUUGCAAACUUAUAUUAUCCAACUGCUGCCAAAACAAUAUGUGAAGCAUUAAAAUUAAAAAUGACUCAACAGUACGGUUAUAUUUGGUUUCUUCCCCAUGAACUCUUAAAAGACUUUUAUGGUUGGCAAAUAACUGUUAACGAUAGCUGUAGUGCGCAAGAUUUCCACGAGGCAGUAAAUGGUCAUUUUAGUAUAAUGCACACACCAUUUUUUAAUUAUUCGGCACGUAUGCAAGAAGGCCGGACAAUAAAAGAUUGGAAAGAAUCAUAUAGAACUCAAUAUGGAUCCGAACCGUCUUCUUAUUCUGGCUUUACAUAUGAUGCAGUUUGGACAUACGCCUUAGCCGCUCAUAAGUUACUGCUUGAAGACAAAAAUGCUUUUAACAAUUUAAGAACAGCAAAAGUUAUAAAUAAGUUUAGUGAAAUUAUUUGGGAAACAAGAUUUAAUGGCUUAUCUGGGAACGUAUAUUUUACACGGGGGGUACCUGGUGGGUCACGUGCUCUUAGCUUGGAUUUAUUGCAGUGGCGAAAUACUAGUUUCCACCGAAUUGGAACAUAUGAGUCUCCUACGAAACUUGUUAAGCCUGGGAUUCGUAUUAGUGAAGGAAAUUUAUUCUUGAAUAUGACAUCUAUAUAUUGGCCAACAGGUCGAGUUCCCGAAGAUGGUAGAUUUGACUGCCGAUUUUCAAUACUGGCUAGAUUAUUUAAUUCUAGUUGUGAUACGUCCCUAAUAAUUGUCACAAUUUCAUUUUGUAUAUUUUCUGUAUCAUCUAUAUCGUUUAUUUUUUUUUUCUUUUUUAAACACUUUUAUAAACGUAAACUAAAGCGUUCGGCUCAGAUAAUGAAAUUGUUUGGUAUCGACAUUCUUUCUCCGACAUUGAGUGAAAAAAAUACCUUAGAUAAAUGGGAAAUAGCCAAAGAGAAUGUGGUAAUAAACCGACGAUUAGGAGAAGGAGCAUUUGGUAUGGUGUACGGAGGGGAAGCAAAAUUUUCUGAAAAUAAGUGGAUCGCUGUGGCAGUAAAGACAUUAAAAUCUGGGCAAUCUACCGAAGAUCGCAUCGACUUUUUGACAGAAGCGGAAGCUAUGAAAAAAUUUGAUCAUAAUAAUAUAAUAAAAUUAUUAGGGGUUUGUUUGCAAAGUGAACCAAUAUAUACAGUGAUGGAGUUUAUGUUACAUGGUGAUUUAAAAACAUUUCUUUUGGCUCGAAGAAACUUGGUUAGAGAAAAUAUUUCUGAUGAAAGUGAUAUUUCACCCAAGCGCCUUACACUUUACGCAAUUGAUAUUGCCAACGGUUUGGCAUAUUUAGCUAAGAGAAAGUACGUUCAUAGAGACAUCGCAUGUCGAAACUGUUUGGUAAAUUUUGAUAGGGUCGUAAAAAUUUCAGAUUUUGGCAUGGCUCGACCAACUUUUGAAAGUGAUUAUUAUAGAUAUAACCGCAAGGGUAUGAGAAAACUUUUCCCAGUUCGCUGGAUGCCACCAGAAACAUUAUCUUUGGGUUUAUUCACUACAGCUUCGGAUAUUUGGUCGUACGGAGUAGUUCUAUAUGAAUUAAUAUCUUUUGGGGCUUACCCCUACCAAGGACUGACAAAUAAUCAGGUUCUUGAUUAUGUUAAAAGUGGAAAUACAAUAAAUAUACCUUCUAAAGCUAAGCCCCAGCUGGAAAGACUUAUUCAGGCAUGUUGGAGUCAAGAUGCGGCUUAUCGACCUUCUGCUUUAGAAAUCAUUGAAUAUAUUUCAAAGUAUCCUCGACUUUUAAAUGCUUGCCUUGAUAUUCCACCAAAGUCAAUUAAUAUGAAAGGCAACAAGACGUACGAUUUAAAAGUCUUAGAUAAAAUUAUCCAGUCUUCGGAAGAUAUGGAGGUUCUUUCGAAUAGUUCUUUACCAUUUAGAUCCAUACAAACUACUCUAGAUGGUUAUAGUAUAAUGACUCCACUCCUAACACAUCAAUAAAUGAACAAAAUAACUGUAGGGUCAUAAUUAAAUUUUAAAACAUUUAAAAAACAUAAAAAUUUUAUACUCUUGUACUUGUGUAAGUAUAAUAUACAUUGUUGUAAAAUCACUCAUUAUUAAAAGAAAAUUGUAUUCAUUCAUAAUUUUUUCC